ACUUGCUGUAUUUCAAGAUUCUCAAACUAGAUUUUAAAUGGAAGUACCAUCAAGAAGGGUAAGGUUUUCUGCCCUUUAUCCCUCUGCUGUCCCACUAGUAAAGAGCACAACAGCCUCUGUAGCUCUCUCUGAUGGGGACAUCUGUGUCAGUAUGAAUGCAACGCAAACCAUGGCCUCAGGUUUGUGCUUGAUUGGGUCUGUAACUAAUAACAAAUGGCACCACAAGAAGGUGCUUUUCUGUUCGGUUUGGCUGAGGUUAUUUUCUUUUAUUUGUUAAUUUGUACAAUCCGUGUGAGCCCCAGACAUUAUGCACAUGAAUGCAACUCUUCAUGUCUGCAACUCUAUACCUGCUCUCCUGCUUAGCCUUCCUGGUGCAAUGGAGGACAAGUCAAACCAGACAUCAGGACAGAGCAAAGAUGUGCAGAGCUCCCUAACACCAGGAGAGCCUCCUGUCAACUUUAUGCACAUCAAGCUGGAGGAGAAUGAGCCCAUAGACUUCAGGACCAAGGAUUUUAUCCUGAAAAAAGCCAGAGAGGUCUGCAAAUGCAAUCAUCAGACCAUCAUCACCUUCUUCUGCCAGCUGUUCCCAGUGCUAGACUGGCUUCCCCGUUACAACAUCAAGACGCAGUUGCUUGGGGAUGUCAUAUCUGGGCUCCUGGUGGGGAUAGUCGCCAUCCCUCAGUCCAUCUCAUACUCCCUGUUAGCCAACCAGGAUCCCAUCUAUGGAAUCUACACAAACUUCUUCUGCAGUAUCAUCUAUGUCGCUAUGGCCACUUCACGCCACAACUUCGUGGGAUCCUUCGGUGUCCUCUGCCUGAUGAUUGGGCAGUCUGUGAAUCGGCACCUGCAGCUAGCAGGGUAUGACAACAACACUGGCUCUCUGCUGGUGGGCAAUGCCACCUCCUCCAGUAAUGGGACGGGUACCUGUGACAGGAGCUGCUACGCCAUCACUGUGGCCCUUUCCUUGAGCUUUCUGGUCGGUCUUUACCAGAUCCUGCUGGGGAUUUUACAGCUGGGCUUUGUGUCUGUCUACCUGUCAGAACCUCUCCUCAGUGGCUUUGUGGCUGGCUCCAGCCUCACCAUCAUUACCUCCCAGAUGAAGUACCUCCUUGGACUGAAUAUUCCCCGCCAUGAAGGGGUGGGGUCCUUCAUCCUGACAUGGGUGGAUCUUUUCAGGUACAUCCAAAACACCAAUAUCUGUGACCUGGUCACCAGCCUGGUUGCUUUGGCCAUCAUAAUACCUGUCAAAAUGAUCAACGAUCGGUACAAGGACAAGAUGAAGGCCCCAUUCCCUGUAGAGCUGCUCGUGGUCAUCAUAGCCACAGUAGUAUCUUACUACUUCAACUUUGAAGAGCGAUACAAGUCUUCAGUUUGUGGGGCCAUCCCCACCGGCUUCAGGAAACCCACCCUACCAGAUACAAAGCUGUUUUCCAGCCUGGCAGUCGAUGCUCUGCCUAUUGCUAUUAUAGGCUUUGCUAUGACGGUCUCCCUGGCGGAAAUCUUUGGCAAAAAGCAUGGCUAUGCUGUCCGUGCCAACCAAGAGAUGAUCGCCAUUGGCAUGUGCAACCUGGUCCCAUCUUUCUUCUACUGCUUUGCUAGCUCUGCAGCCUUGACCAAGACUUUGCUGAAGGAGUCCACAGGGACCCAAACGCAGCUCUCUAGCCUGGUCACCUCCCUGGUGCUGCUGCUGGUGUUGCUGUGGAUCGCUCCGCUCUUCUACUCUCUGCAAACUGCCAUCCUGGGGGUGGUCACCAUUGUCAACCUGCGGGGGGGGCUGAGGACAUUUUGUGAAACCCCACGCAUGUGGCAGCUCAGCAAACUGGACACGGUGGUGUGGUGGACAACCAUGCUGGCCUCCACGCUGAUCACCACAGAGAUAGGGCUCCUCGUGGGUGUCUGCUUUGCUCUGCUCUGCGUCAUCUUCCGCACACAGAGACCCAGGGCUGCACUCCUGGGCAAGGUCAGCAACACGGAAAUCUACGAAGACCAGGCUGCUUACAAGCAGCUCAGCAGUAUUGCCAACAUCAAAAUCUUCCGCUUUGAGUCGUCCCUUUACUAUGCCAACAAAGACUAUUUCAAGACUGCUCUCUACCAGAAAACUGGGGUCAAUCCUGUCCUGCUGGCUGCCAGGCAUCACAGGGCAGAGACCCAGGCAAAAGCGGACACAGGCAACAGGAAGAGCAUUUUUAACACCGUGUUUGGUUGCCUGAAAUCUUCCAAGAAACACGUGGAGAAAUCACCCACAGACGCCUGCCUGCCCUCCCUAGAUAUGCACACUUUAGUCAUUGACUGCGGGGCUAUGCAGUUCAUAGAUACCGCGGGUCUCUCCGUGCUGAAAGAGACGCACAGUGACUACCAGGAGCUCGGCGUCCAGGUGCUCCUGGCCAACUGCAACCCCCUCCUCCGCCGCCGGCUGCGGGAUGGAGGCUGGGCUGCUGGGGCACACGGUGGCCAGCCGGCUUUCCACAGCGUGCACCACGCGGUGCAGUUUGCACAGCAGUGGUACCACGAGCAGCAGGAGAGCAAGGAGAGAAGGGAUGCUGCCCUGGACCCUGAGGACCUGAGCGUCCAAGCGUCUCUGUAGAGCUGCA